CGGACUCAGGAUGCCACCGCAAAGCGAGCGGAAAAGCCGUCAAGAAGGCCGGCAAGGCCCAGAAGAACAUCACCAAGGGCGACAAGAAGAAGAAGCGCAGGGGAAGGAAGGAGAGUUAUGCCAUCUACAUCUACAAGGUACUGAACUCAGGUCCAUCCCGGACACCGGCGUCUCCAGCAAGGCCGAUGUUCCAUCAUGAACAGCUUCGUGAACGACAUAUUCGAGCGCAUAGCCGCCCGAAGCUUCCCGCCUGGGCCCACUACAACAAGCGGUCGGACCAUCUCGUCGCGGGCGAUCCAGACCGCCGUCAGGCUCCUGUUGCCCGGCGAGGGUUGGCCAAGCACGCCGUGAGCGAGGGUACAAGAAGGCCGUGA